AUGUCUUUCAACCCAAUCGCCUCGCGACGACUAUGGGGAAACAGCACCUCGGUGCUACGGUCAGCCUCGAGUUCUUGGAGGUUGAAUACACCCCGUUCCUGCGGCUUAGCCACUGUCGUGCCACCAGUGACCCAGGAUGCAACGGGUGCUAAGGGCCCGACUGCCAUGGUUUUCAUGAACAUGGGCGGUCCUUCAACCACAAAUGAGGUGCACGAUUUCCUAAGCAGAUUGUUUUCAGAUGGCGAUCUGAUUCCACUAGGUCGUCUGCAGUCCUACAUGGGCCCUCUCAUUGCCCGCCGGCGAACCCCCAAGAUCCAGCAGCAAUACUCCGACAUUGGUGGUGGAUCGCCAAUUCGAAAAUGGUCCGAAUAUCAAUGUGAAGAGAUGUGCAAGAUCCUUGACCAGAUUUCCCCCGAGACUGCGCCGCACAAACCUUAUGUUGCCUUUCGCUAUGCGGCCCCGCUGACAGAGACCAUGUAUGCUCAGCUCCUCAAAGAUGGAUUUGGAAACGGCAAAGGAGGUCGUGCCGUGGCCUUUACGCAAUACCCGCAAUACUCCUGCUCAACAACCGGCAGUUCUCUUAAUGAAUUAUGGAAGUGGCGCAACCGCUUAGAAGGCAAAAACGCUGAUGGGGAGGUAGACGCUGCUGGUGCCAUUAAGUGGAGCGUGAUCGACCGAUGGCCUACACACGCCGGCCUUGUCGAGGCUUUUGCGCAGAACAUCGAGGCUCAGUUAAAGACAUACCCGGAGGACAAGCGUGAUUCAGUGGUGCUGCUGUUCUCUGCCCACAGUCUCCCCAUGAGUGUUGUGAACCGCGGUGACCCUUACCCUGCCGAAGUGGCUGCAACUGUCCACGCCGUCAUGAAGCGCCUCAACUUCAGCAACCCAUACCGCUUGUGCUGGCAGUCUCAGGUUGGCCCAUCUGCAUGGCUCGGUGCACAGACCAGUGAUACAGUUAUGAACUAUGUCAACCGUGGUCACACCGAUCUUGUUCUUGUGCCAAUCGCAUUCACAAGCGACCAUAUCGAAACUCUAUAUGAGUUGGAUCUCGAGGUAAUGCACGAGGCGAACAGCCCCGGCGUCAAACGUGCCGAGAGUCUGAACGGCAAUCCGACUUUCAUUCGGGCUCUUGCAGACAUUGCUCACGAGCAUCUACAGGAAGGGGAAUCUUGUUCGGCGCAGAUGACUCUCCGAUGCCAGGGCUGCCGAAGUGAACGAUGCUUGGAGCAAAAGAAGUUUUUCGCUGGAGAGCGCUCUCAUCUUGUCCAGUGA